UUGUUAUACACUGCAAAGCACUGCAGGAUGUUUGUUGAGCGACGCUCUCAUUUGGGACAAAGACAGAGCCAGCAGGGGACCCUAAACUUGGCUGAGGAGAAAAGGCAAAAGCAGUGCAUUGUUUUUCGAUUGCCUUGAGAGGAGGAUCUGAGGAGCACAAAGGAUUAGACUGCAAUGUUGUGCUUAUUCAUCGAUGGGAUCCAACUUAGAAAUGGAAAAAGCGGAGUAAAGUUGGAGUCUCAUGUUGUUGCUAAGCAGUUUACUUUGGAUUUGUGGUUCAGAAGUUUCUUUUUCUUGUGUCUUUUUCAUUUUUUGGAGGGAGAAUGGGAUUAACUAAGUGAGCCAAAUUGCUCACUUGUGUGGACAGCCACAGGGAUUAGAAAACGGGAAAGAUACAACUUCCAGAAAAAUGACCUUUGGAAUGUAUUCAAUCUGUUUCCUGGUGCUGCUCUAUCUCUUCCAUGGCUCUGAGGAGAUCUGUCCGUCCAUGUGCCUCUGUGUGUCUGAUAUAGUGAGCUGCAGCUCCAGCGGUCUGACCAAACUACCUCAAUCUCUGCCCUCUUUCUCCGUCACCUUGGACCUCAGCCACAACCAUUUUUCCUGGCUCGGUCCCGGCAGCUUCAAGAAGAUGUCCAGGCUGGAAAACUUGCAGAUGGCUCACAAUCAGAUCAGAACCCUGGGGUACGGUGUCUUUCACAAUGCGUCUGGCCUUAGGCACCUUGACCUGUCAUCUAACAGGCUGCAGGUGGUGGAGGAGCACUAUUUCCAGGGUCUGUGGAGGCUGGAGGAGCUCCUUCUGUUUAACAAUAAGAUUGCACAGGUGGAAUCUGGCACACUGAGUGGUCUGAGCAGCUUAAAAAAGGCUUAUUUCAGCCUCAACCAGAUCACACACUUUCCAUUCUUCUCAAUCCGAGACCACAGUCAUCCUUUCCUGACCAUGCUGGACCUGUCAUCCAACCGUCUGAACAGAUUGCCAUGGGAGGAUGUGAAAGCGUUGCCUGGGUUGGUGCAAAGGGGGUUAUACCUUCACAACAAUUCUCUGAUCUGUGACUGUUCCAUGUACAGCGUGUUUUGGCACUGGCAACUACGAAACUAUGACUCAAUGAAGGAUUUUACAGAUGAGCACACUUGCACCAUCUACGGGGACUCGCAUGCUUCUAUCAGAUUCCUGCUGCACAACCGCUUCUUCCACAACUGCACUGUGGAAAAAGCCGUGUCAGAGCCUGUGACGGUGUACCUCUCGGCAGUGUCAGUUUCAGAGGGGGGAAAAGUGCAUUUAGACUGUGAAACAUCCCUCAGAGGCGCAAACCUCUCAUUUACAUGGCUCUCUCCCAGCAAGGGGCGUAUCACCCAGGCUAGCGUAAAUGACACGCUAAUUAACGUUUUUGCUAAUGGUACCUUGGAGAUUCAAGGAGCCAAGGUCAAUGACUCAGGUCUGUACGUGUGCACAGCUGUGGAUAUUAAACAGGCACUGAAUGCAACCCGGGAGGUGAAUGUGACAGUGGUGCUGCCUGCUCAAGAAGCGUUCAACACAGGCUACACAACGCUGCUGGGAUGUGCCGUGACUUUGAUUCUCAUCCUCAUGUACCUCUACCUGACUCCAUGCCGCUGCAGCUUCUGUAAACAACCCAAACCUGCAGCCAAUCCCACAGCCGCCUACAACCCAAACGCUCUAACCUCUGUAUUCUCCCCCUCUAUGAGAGAUGAGCAUAAAAUCCCCACUGAUAAGCAUGUAGCAUUCCUGGAGCCUAUGAUGAGCGAUGAUGGAACAGAAUGGACACCUAGAAGUUAAUGUUUUCUCGAGACCUCUGGACAAACCAAAACUCAUUACUCAGGAAUUAGCACAGAUCCGUUGAUAGCAACUCUUUUCUGACUGCCAGCUGCAGUUAAGACUUCCUGAACAUGAAAACAGGUCAAAAAAAGAAAAAAGAAAAAAAAAAAAACCAGCAAUAUCUUCUGCUCUAAUUCUGCUCGCCUCUGUCAUCUGGCCCCUGGUUGAAAUUGAAAGUUUUACUGUGGUUUAUUUCCCAUCUGAACUGACACUGCUAAAUCACAGUACAGCCAUUAUCGGCCCUAAAAAUCAGCUAAUAACUUCUCCAUGCACUCAGGUACGCCACUGGGGGGGAAAUAUUUCUUUUGAGAUCAGAAGACUAUCUAGCUCGCUUUUCGCAGAAAGUGUUUAAACAAGAUGAAAAGCUUUGGAAAAGCACUUUAAAUGUAUGACUGUAAUGGAUUGUAGGAAGUAAGUUCAGCCUGUGUAUCGUAGUUGAAGGUACUUUAUAAUUAUGGUAGAGAUAGGCACCAGCACGACCCAAGCAGGAGAUCAUAUAGCUCAUAUAUGCUUUCAAUACAUAGCUUGAACAUGAGGCACCUAAAACCCUGUUGAACUUCCAAACACCUUUGUUCUCUGUGUUCUUAUAAAUGAUGCAGUCCCUUUAGAUCAGUUGUCUGUCCUGCUGAUACAAUCUUGGUUUUGAACACAACGAUCACAUGUUUCAAUAAAAGAAUUAAGACCCAA